UCGGAGGAAGAUGAACAGUUAAAGGAAGAAUUGAACAUGUUGGUUGAAAGGUUACAGGAGGAUAAUGUAGAACUACAUAAACCUGCUUUGGAAGCAUUAAAGACUCAAAUUCGUACGUCAACAAGUUCGAUGACUUCCGUUCCCAAGCCCUUGAAAUUUCUUCGUUCUCAUUACCCAUCUUUGAAAGAUGUAUAUGCUAAGAUGACUGACAACGCUAAUAAGAAAUUUUUAGCUGAUAUAAUUUCGAUAUUAGCUAUGACACAAGAUGAAGAAGGCGAAUGUUUAAGGUAUUGUUUGCUAGGAUCUGUUGAGGAUAUUGGAAGUUGGGGCCACGAAUUCAUCAGGCAUUUGUCAAAUGAAAUUUCAGUAGAAUAUUGCGAUCGUGUUUCAAAUCAUGAAGACAUGAAGCCAGAAAUUGACGAUUUGCUUAACCUUGUUCGUCAAAUUGUUCAUUUCGAAAUAAAUCAUAAUGCUAUCGCUGGUGCAUGUGAUAUCUUAAUGGAAAUUGAAAGGACCGACAUGCUGCUAGAUUAUGUCGACGAAUCCAAUUACGAUCGCGCUUGUCUUUAUUUAACAAGUUGUGCCAAAUAUUUAGUCGAGCCGGAAGAUGCAGCGUUUCUAAAAACUACUUUAAGAAUAUAUAGGAAAUUCAAUCGCUAUUGUGAAGCUUUGCGUAUUGCAAUCAAAUUGAACAACAUGGAUCUUAUAACUGAAAUAUUUUCUGAGUGCAAAGAUGAAAUUGGUCAAAAGCAGAUGGCGUAUAUAUUGGCCAGACAGCAAAUUUUCAUAGAAUUAAACAACGGCGAUAUUAUCGAUGAAUUAUACGAUAUUAUGUCUAAUUCAAAUUUGAAUACAAAUUUUCUGUCAUUGGCGCGUGAGUUAGAUAUUAUGGAGCCUAAAAUUCCGGAAGAUAUUUUUAAGAGUCACUUAGAUCCUAACAGAUUAUAUGAUAUUCGCACAGUAGAUUCUGCGAAGCAAAAUUUAGCAUCUUCUUUUGUUAAUGCGUUCUUAAAUUGUGGAUUUGGAAGUGACAAAAUCAUGGCUGAAGAUAGUAAUAAAUGGAUCCAUAAAAACAAAGAUCAUGGAAUGCUCAGUGCUACUGCAUCCAUGGGACUCAUACAGUUAUGGGAUAUUGACGCUGGUCUUACCCAAAUUGAUAAAUUUCUAUAUGCGUCGGAAGAUUACGUUAAGGCUGGAGCCUUGCUGGCAUGUGGGAUAGUGAAUAGUGGUCUUUACAAUGAUUGCGAUCCAGCAUUAGCUUUGCUAUCGGACUACGUACUUCAUAAUAGCUUAAUAAUUAGGAUUGGCACCGCGCUAGGUCUUGGUAUUGCGUAUGCUGGGUCUCAUCGUCGAGACGUUAUCAACCUACUAAUACCUGUGAUCAAUGAUCCUAAGUCUACAUUUGAGGUUUCUUGUAAAACGGCUCUCGCUUGCGGCUUAAUUGCUAUUGGCACCUCUGAUGGCGAUGUGACAACUGCUAUUUUGCAAUUCCUUAUGGGUUGUAAAAAAGAGCAAUUGAAUAAAGAUGCAAAUUCCAUUUUCUUGAUCCUUGGUCUAGCUUUAACCUACAUUGGUAAAAGAGAUGCAAUUGAAGCGCCUCUUGCAGCCAUUGAGAUGUGUCCUCAACCCUUUGAAAAGUCCGCUGGUAUUUUGAUAGAGUCUUGCUCACAGGCCGGUUAUGGAGAUGUUUUAAGAAUUCAGACUUUACUGCAGUUCUGCAGUGCACAUUAUCAAAAGGACAAAAAUGAUGAAGAUGACAAACAAUCGAAAGAUAAUAAAGAUAAAUCAAAUAAAGAUAUUGAUUAUAGUUCUACACAAGCAAUCAGUGUGAUUAGCAUCAGCUUGAUGGCAAUGUGCGACGAAAUUAGUAGUGAAAUGGCUCUUAGAAUAUUUGGGCAUAUGUUAAGCUAUUGUGAUAGCGAAGUUAGAAGAGCAAUUCCUCUGGCGUUAGGACUGUUGUCUGCUUCAAACCCUCAGCUCGCUGUUGUUGAUACCUUAAGCAAACUAUCUCAUGAUCAUGAUACGGAAGUUGUACACAAUGCUAUUUUCGCUUUGGGUAUAGUAGCAGCAGGUACCAAUAAUGCUAGAAUCGCAGGAAUGCUACGACAACUUGCACAGUAUUAUUAUAAGGAUGCAAAUAAUUUAUUCAUGGUCAGAAUUGCACAGGGAUUAGUUCAUUUAGGGAAGGGAACUAUGACUGUCAAUCCGUACCAUUCCGAUCGUUCUCUACUAUCGCCAGUUGCUCUUGGAGGUCUCCUCACUGUACUUUGUUGUAUGCUUGAAGCUAAAGAGACAAUUUUGGGUAAAAGUCACUAUAUGCUAUAUUGUCUCGUCUGCGCUAUCCAUCCUCGUUUGUUAGUAACAUUUGAUACUGAGUUGAAGCCUCUACCAGUUUCUGUUCGUGUGGGACAGGCUGUUGACGUUGUUGGACAAGCAGGAAAGCCGAAAACCAUUACAGGUUUCCAAACUCAUACAACACCUGUUCUCCUUACUCAUGGUGAAAGAGCAGAGCUUGCGACGGAUGAGUAUAUACCUGAAGGGACAACCUUAGAAGGGUUUGUAAUUUUAAAGAAGAAUCCCGACUAUCAGGCCUGAUGGAGUGCUCUUUGUUCUACAUAUGUUCUUAUUUGUUACUAGUUUAACAUUUUUGGUAAAAUUUUAAGAAACUUUUGUUGAUGUAAACCUUUCUUCUAUUCUUUAUGGCCGACUUUCAUUGUAUCCAAUUAUGAUGUCCAUUUCAAAUAAUAAAGAUUUCGAUCAUUGCC